UUCGAACAAGAUCCCCAUGCUUCUCCUGUUCAGAGUCUAAACCAUGUUGAUGAGAUUUGCAAGCCCCAAUGAGCGCCGCACAAUCAGUCGCGAAGACCUCGGCUUCUACAACGCGCUCUCCAUAGCGGCCGUGUACGAGGUUCUAGAGGGGGAAAAAAUAGACCUUGAAUCAGUUCACUCAUUUGUGGCGCCUCUCAAAGCAUGCAUCCUGCAGCACCCAUUUCUCAGCGUCAUUGUGGCCAACAAGGAUACCGAAAAGCCAGCCUACGAGGGGGUCUCCAGUAUCGAUCUCAAGGAUCAUAUCUCGAUCCUUCCAGAUCAACUUAGCAGCAGCGGCAACGAGACUGCAGCCUUUGAAAACGCGCUGGUUCCAAUCCUUGACAGACCAUGGCCGACAGGGAUCCCGCCCUGGCGCAUCGUCGUGCUUCCUCUGGCCUCAUCUCAACGAUCCGACAAAGAAGACAAAGCCGGAACGCGUCGCUGCUGGAUCGCCUUCGCCUUCUCGCACACUCUCGGCGACGGCAUGGUCGGACUCACCUUCCAUCGCACGUUUCUCGAUGCCUGGCAGCAAACCACGGCCACAGACAAGAUGUCUGAAUCGCUGACGAUCCCGCUACCCGCCAGUCGAACGCUUCCCGCGCCCUUUGACACACCGGAGCGACUUCCCAUAUCCUGGAAUUUCCUUCUCGGACCAUUGAUAGCAGUGUAUUUGCCCAAGUUCCUGGCUCGAUGGCUCGGGCUUCACGCAGCCGUCACGACCGUCAACGCCGGAACAUGGACGGGGUCGCACAUGUUUUUCAACCCUGCAGCUCCCCGUCAGAGCCGAGUGAAGCUGCUGGAGAUCGAGAACCGACUGGUGCAGAAAGCACUCCAGACCGCGAGAAGCCACGACGCCAAGCUCACCGGCGUCAUCCACCAGCUGAUCAUCCGGGCGUUGAGCAAGACCAUCCCUGGCAAAUCCGGGGGGAGCGAGGUGGUGACGAAUUUCGCCUCGCAGACGGCCGUCGAUAUGCGCGCCUCAAUAGGCACUCCGGCGUAUACCUGGGGUCUCUUUGUCUCGGGAUAUUACGAGACCCAUGCCCGUCUCCCACCGGAACAACAACAACAGCAGCAGCAGCAGCAGCAGCAGCAGCAGCAGACGGCGUGGUCAGAGGAGCUGUGGGCGGCUGCAAGGUCGACAACGAUGGGACUCGCGGAAUGCGCGACGCGACUGAAUGACCAGGCGAUCGGUUUGUUGCGAUACGCCCCGAGCAUUCGCAACUGGACGCUGGGCAAGGUCGGCGGCCCGCGCGAUUGCUCGUAUGAAGUGAGCAAUCUUCUCGCCUUUGACGGCGGCAGGAGUGGCUCCAAUGGUGUUCCACACCAAGGGAAGAAGAGAAUCACCAAGAUGGUCUUUGCGCAGCCGGCGAAUGUUCUCAGCGGGCCGCUUGUCUUCAAUAUCGUCAGCGUCAAGGGGGGCAGUUUGGUGUGCGCCAUCUCCUGGCAGGCGGGGGCCUUGGGGGUCUGCGAUGAUGAGAUGGGGGUUGUCGAGGAGAUAUGUGCAUCUCUGCGAGAGGACUUUGAAGCCUUGGAAUAGAUGUACAUUACAUAUUAAUCUUAUACAUUCACUACUAUAUCUG